GCCCCCGCCCUUCCACCAUGGCCGCCCCUGUGUGGUGCAGGCAGACGCUGGUCCUCGGUGCCCCCCUAUAGCGCUUACUGCCUCCUCCCCGCCCCGGGGCCGGACCCGAAGGCGCCUCGCUCCCCAGCCCUUGGGGCAGCAGCCAGGGAGGUCUCCUGCGCCCUCCUUCGGGGCAGGACCCCUCUUUCGCCCACCUCCUGAGGCAGUAACUUAGGGUUUUCCCUGCUUCCCUGAGGGUCAGAAGCCAGAAGGGGGUCCCCUCCCCGUCCCAGGGGCGCGGGCCCUCUCCCCAGCACACCCGGGAGCGGACGGCCUUCCUCGGCGCUGCCACCCCGGGGCGGGACCCAGAGGGCCGUCGCCUUCGCCUCCUGCACAGGCGCGGCCUUUGGGGAGGAGGGAGGACUGCGGAGGACAGGGACCCAUCCCCUCCUCUCCCCCACCAGUCCCUGGCGACCAGAGCCCCUCAUUUCUAGGACUCCCACCCAUCCACUCCCGGGCCUUCUCCCGUCUCCUGGCUGCAGCCAUGGAGUUACAGAAGGGGAAGGGGGCAGCAGCAGCAGCUGCUUCGGGAGCGGCGGGAGGUGCAGGAGGAGCGGGAGCAGGAGCCCCAGGAGGGGGGAGGCUGCUACUUUCCACCAGUUUGGAUGCCAAGGAUGAGUUAGAGGAGAGGUUGGAAAGAUGUAUGAGUAUCGUGACAUCGAUGACUACCGGUGUCUCAGAGAGAGAGGCCAACGACGCCCUCAAUGCCUACGUGUGCAAAGGGCCCCCCCAGCACGAGGAAGUCUGCCUGGGCCUGUUCACCCUCGUCCUCACCGAACCUGCCCAAGCCCAGAAGUGUUACCGAGACUUGGCUCUGGUGAGUCGCGACGGCAUGAAUAUCGUCCUGAAUAAGAUCAACCAGAUACUUAUGGAGAAGUAUUUGAAGUUGCAGGACACCUGUCGCACUCAGUUGGUGUGGUUGGUACGGGAGCUGGUGAAGGGUGGGGUCCUGGGAGCCGACGGCGUUUGCAUGACAUUCAUGAAGCAGAUUGCCGGUGGGGAUGUCACGGCAAAGAACAUCUGGCUGGCGGAGAGCGUUCUGGACGUCUUGACGGAGCAGCGGGAGUGGCUGCUGAAGAGCAGCCUCCUGGUGGCCAUGGCCGUGUACACGUACCUGCGCCUCAUCGUCGACCACCACGGUACCGCCCAGCUGCAGGCCCUGCGGCAGAAGGAGGUGGGCUUCUGCACCGCCCUGCUGCGGGAGCGGUUCAUGGAAUGCUUGAUGAUUGGCCGGGACCUCGUAAGGCUACUCCAGAAUGUUGCCAGGAUACCAGAAUUUGAACUGCUUUGGAAAGAUAUUAUCCAUAACCCGCAAGCCUUGAGUCCUCAGUUCACAGGCAUCCUGCAGCUGCUUCAGUCAAGAACGUCCCGGAAAUUUCUGGCAUGUCGCCUAACCCCAGACAUGGAGACCAAGCUCCUCUUCAUGACCUCCCGGGUGCGGUUUGGUCAACAGAAGCGAUACCAGGACUGGUUCCAGCGCCAAUACCUGUCCACCCCAGAUAGCCAGUCUCUACGCUGCGACCUCAUUCGCUACAUCUGUGGGGUUGUCCACCCUUCUAAUGAGGUGCUCAGUUCAGAUGUCCUGCCCCGAUGGGCCAUCAUUGGUUGGCUGCUGACAACAUGCACGUCAAAUGUCGCUGCGUCCAACGCCAAGCUGGCCCUGUUUUAUGACUGGCUGUUCUUCAGCCCAGAUAAGGACAGCAUCAUGAACAUAGAGCCAGCCAUCCUGGUCAUGCAUCACUCCAUGAAGCCCCACCCGGCCAUCACCGCUACUCUCCUGGAUUUCAUGUGCCGCAUCAUUCCCAACUUCUACCCGCCGCUGGAGGGCCACGUGCGGCAGGGCGUCUUCUCCUCGUUGAGCCACAUCGUGGAGAAGCGGGUCUUGGCGCACCUGGCGCCCCUGUUCGACAACCCCAAAUUGGACAAGGAGCUGCGGGCCAUGCUGAGGGAGAAGUUUCCGGAGUUCUGCGGCUCGCCCAGCCCACCCGUGGGAGUCAAAAUUGAGGAGCCAGUUUCCAUGGAGAUGGACAACCACAUGUCAGACAAGGAUGAGAGUUGCUAUGACAACGCAGAGGCGGCCUUCAGUGACGAUGAGGAGGAUCUCAACAGCAAAGGAAAGAAGAGAGAGUUUCGCUUCCAUCCUAUCAAGGAGACGGUCGUGGAGGAGCCAGUUGACAUCACCCCGUACCUCGACCAGCUGGACGAGUCUCUCAGGGACAAGGUCCUCCAGCUGCAGAAGGGCAGUGACACAGAGGCCCAGUGCGAGGUCAUGCAGGAGAUUGUGGACCAGGUCCUGGAGGAAGACUUCGACUCGGAGCAGCUGUCCGUGCUCGCGUCCUGCCUGCAGGAGCUCUUCAAGGCCCACUUCCGGGGGGAGGUGCUGCCGGAGGAGGUCACCGAAGAGUCCUCUCCGGCCCGCAGGUCCCUGGAGGAGUCUGUGGGGAAGCCACUCUACCUGAUAUUUAGGAACCUGUGCCAGAUGCAGGAGGACAACAGCAGCUUCUCUCUGCUCCUGGACCUUCUCUCCGAGCUGUACCAGAAGCAGCCGAAGAUCGGCUACCACCUGCUCUACUACCUGCGCGCCAGCAAAGCCGCCGCAGGGAAGAUGAACCUGUACGAGUCGUUCGCCCAGGCCACACAGCUGGGCGACCUGCACACCUGCCUGAUGAUGGACAUGAAGGCCUGCCAGGAGGACGACGUGCGGCUGCUGUGCCACCUCACACCGUCCAUCUACACAGAGUUUCCAGACGAGACCCUGCGGAGCGGGGAGCUGCUCAACAUGAUCGUGGCCGUCAUCGACUCUGCACAGCUCCAGGAGCUGGUCUGCCACGUGAUGAUGGGGAACCUGGUCAUGUUUCGAAAAGACUCAGUUCUCAACAUUCUGAUCCAGAGCCUGGACUGGGAAACCUUCGAGCAGUACUGCGCGUGGCAGCUCUUCCUGGCCCACAACAUUCCCCUGGAGACCAUUAUCCCCAUCCUGCAGCACCUCAAAUACAAGGAGCACCCAGAGGCCCUUUCUUGCCUCCUGCUUCAGCUUCGGAGAGAGAAGUGAGUUCCAUCCGCACCUCCUCACCCCCCGCCCGCACCCCCCCGUCUCCUGAGCCCCCAGCCCCACACUCCUGGGAACUUGGUAUAAAGGGCUUCAGCCCUGGCCCUUUGGCCACAUUUUUUUACCUACUGUUGUUGACAUGGGCUUCUGCUCCUCCCC